AAUAGACGCUACAUACCCAUUGGAAAAACCCCAUUUCAUUUCAUAUUUGUGCCCUCUCUCCUCUCCCAAACGUCAACUCUCUCUCUCUCUCUCUCUGCCUUUCUGAUAAUUUAGCGGACAAUCAUGACCGGAAGAGAACUUCUUCACAAAAUGAAGGAAAAGACAUGCUGUGCUAUAACCACACCAGUCACACCAGAUGCAGGGAAGAGCAAAAGUAGAAUGUCAAAGCAUAUUACUCAUGGCUUUCAUCUUGUGAAAGGAAAAUCAAAUCAUGCCAUGGAAGAUUAUUUAGUUUCUGAAUUCAAGAAAAUAGAGAAUAAUGAGUUGGGUUUAUUUGCAAUUUUUGAUGGCCAUAUGGGCCAUGAUGUUGCAAAUUACUUGCAAUUGCACCUAUUUGAAAAUAUUUUAAAAGAGCAUGACUUUUGGAGCGAUACAAAAAGUGCAAUGAGGAGAGCCUAUCACACGACUGAUGUUGAUAUUUUGGCGAACUCAUUUUCACUGGGAAUAGGAGGAUCAACUGCAGUAACGGCAAUACUGAUCAACAGUCAGAAGCUCGUAGUUGCGAAUGUGGGAGAUUCUCGGGCUGUUAUAUGCAAGAAGGGUGUAGCCAAACAGUUAUCGGUUGAUCAUGAACCAAGCAAGGAAAAAAAGACGAUUGAAAGCAAGGGUGGCUUUGUAUCAAACAUUCCAGGUGAUGUCCCUCGAGUUGAUGGGCAGCUGGCAGUGGCAAGGGCGUUUGGUGACAAGACCUUGAAGAGACAUCUGAGCUCAGAACCUGAUGUGGUGAUGGAGCUGAUAGACGAUGAUACAGAGUUUAUCAUUUUGGCAAGUGAUGGGUUAUGGAAGGUGAUGUCGAACCAAGAUGCAGUGGAUUCUAUCAAAAACAUAAAAGAUGCUCGUUCAGCGGCGAAGCAUUUAACAGAGGAGGCUCUUUCUAAGAAAAGCAGGGAUGAUAUCUCCUGCAUAGUUGUAAAGUUUCAGUAAUCUUUCUAUUUUUUUCUUUGAAAAAAAAGGAGCUUUUAGAUUUCUUAUACAGCUGAUUGUAAAAGAUUGUAGCUAGUUUAUGUGUGUAAUUAUACAACAUUUUAUUUGUUUGAUGGUAGGUGCAGUGGCAUUUUCUUUGUACUUUUAUGUAUAUUCAACUGGUUGAAUAAUAUUAGCGGUUGGAUUCGUGCUGUCA